CAAGCAAAGACCUGAGAAGAAGUGGGAGGGUGGGAGAGAGUGAUCACGGAGCUGCUGCAUUUUCUCUUGCAUCUCCUCUCCUCCUCAUCUCCGUGGAAGCAGCAGCAGUCGCCGGUUGUGCUCCCUCUCUCUUCUCCUCUCCAUCUCCAUCUCUCUCCCUAGUGAGGAUGACACCCACAAAUUUGACGAAGCAGCGAAGCGCUCAGUCUGGCUGGUGUCUUCGAGGAGGUGCCGUGUUUAAGGAAAAGGUGUCCGCUGUAGCAGUCUGAAUUACUGACUACGCCCAUCAGUUCUACAAACAACACCUCCCCUUUGUGAUUCUCUACUACCAACAAAUCUGUCAGAAAUCUGGACACAUGUCACAGGUUGAGCAGGAGAUCUCACUUGUACAAAGGAAGAUGUCGGAUCUUGAGUCAGUACUGCAGCAGAAGGACAUCGAGUUAAAGGCCUCAGAAACUCAAAGAACUAUCUUAGAACAGGACCUGGCUACCUACAUCACAGAAUGCAGUAGUCUGAAGCGUAGUUUGGAGCAAGCUCGUAUGGAAGUGACACAAGAGGAUGACAAAGCCUUGCAGCUCCUCCACGACAUCCGAGAGCAGAGCAACAAGCUUCAGGAAAUCAAAGAGCAGGAAUAUCAUGCCCAGCUGGAGGAGAUGCGAGUUUCCAUCCGACAACUGGAGGAAGACCUGUCCGCUGCUCGUCGUCGUAGCGACCUCUACGAAGCAGAACUGAAGGAGUCUCGGCAGAACAGCGAGGACCUGAAGAGGAAGGCUGCAGACUACCAGCAUAGAUUGCAAAAGGCUAAAGAACAAGGAAAAGCAGAGGCAGAUGAGCUAUUCACCAAGUUAGAAAAGACCAAUGCAGAGCAACAGACAAAGAUCCAGGAUCUGCAGGAGAAGCUUACUAAGGCGUUAAAAUCCAGUUCUGAAGCAACAGACCAUCUUCAAAGCAUGAAGUUGGCCAAAGAGCGCAUGGAGCGAGAUCUCGAGAGGUUACAGAACAAGGAGGACUCCAGCGACAGUCUACGUCGACGCCUCCGUGAGACUGAGGAUGGUCGAAAGACUCUGGAGAACCAAGUGAAAAGGCUGGAGAUCGUCGAGCGCCGUGAAACCAAAAUGAAGGACGAUAUCCACAGCAAGGGUCAGCAAAUCCAGCAGAUGGCAGAUAAAAUCCUGGAACUUGAAGAAUGUCUGCGGGAAUCCCAGGCCACAGCACAGCGGCUGGAUGCACAUCUGAAGCAGAAGGAGAAGCUCUAUGAAGAUAAGAUUAAGGUGUUGGAAUCUCAGAUGAAGGCGGACAUGGCUGAUAAAGAAAUGCUGGAGUCCAGUCAGAGUAAAUAUGAGGAGGAGGUGCGGGAGAAGUGCAGCAUCAUCAGCGAACAGAAGGCGACCAUAAAUGCCAUGGAGUCGAAGAUGAACAGUCUGGAGCAGAGAAUUGCUGAGCUGUCCGAGGCUAACAAACUGGCAGCCAACAGCAGCAUCUACACCCAGAAAAAUAUGAAAGCCCAGGAAGAAAUGAUCUCCGAGCUUCGCCAGCAGAAGUUUUACUUGGAGUCUCAGGCUGGGAAGUUGGAGGCCCAGAACGCCAAACUGGAGGAACAUCUGGAGAAAACAAGUCAGCAAGAACAGAGCCAUAAGAGCCGACUCCUGGAGCUAGAAACCAGGCUCAGAGAGAUUGGACUGGAGCACGAGGAGCAGAAGUUGGAGAUCAAGCGUCAGGUGACAGAGGUGACCCUGUCGUUGCAGGAGCGUGAAGCCCAGGUCAACAGCCUGCAGGCAUCUCGUCGUGCGUUGGAGAACCAACUGCAGCAGGCCAAGACGGAGCUGGAGGAGACCACCGCGGAGGCCGAGGAGGAGAUCACGGUGCUCAGGGCACACAGAGACGAGAUCCAAAGAAAAUAUGACGCUUUGAGAGACGGCUGCGCGGUGAUCACUGACCUGGAGGAGCAGCUGACGUCACUGACCCAGGAGAAUGCAGAGUUGAACCGGCAGAACUUCUACCUGUCCAAGCAGCUGGAUGAAGCCUCGGACGAGAGAGAGGACCGUCUGCAGCUCAGCCAGGAUGUGGACCAGCUGCGUCGGGAGGUGGCCGACCGCGAGAUGCAUCUGAACAACCAAAAGCAGAACCUUGAGACACUGAAGACCACAUGCACCAUGUUGGAAGAGCAAGUUGUGGAACUGGAAAGCUUAAAUGAUGAGCUCCUGGAGAAGGGGAGGCAGUGGGACGCCUGGAGGGCAACCCUGGAAGAUGAGAAGAACCAGGCUGAGAGGAGGACCAGGGAUGUCCAAAGAAUGUUGGAUACUGAGAAACAGAACAGACUCCGUGCAGAGCAGCGCAGCUCCGAGUCCCGCCAGGCUGUGGACCAGACAGUGAAGGAGCACAAAGUGGAGAUGUUGGCACUACAGCAGAUACUUAAAGACCAGAAACUGAAAGCUGAGAGUCUUGCGGACACUUUGAAUGAUUUAGAGAAGAAGCAUGCCAUGUUGGAGAUGAACGCACGUAGUUUGCAACAAAAGCUGGAGAGCGAGAGGGAUCUGAAACAGCGGCUGUUGGAAGAGCAAGAGAAGCUUCAACAGCAGAUGGAUGCUCAGAAGGCACACAUAUUUCGACUCACCCAGGGACUUCAGGACGCCCUGGACCAGACGGACUUGCUGAAAACUGAGAGAACUGACCUGGAAUAUCAGCUGGAGAACAUCCAGCUCCACCUGCAGGCCGUAUACUCUCAUGAGAAGGUGAAAAUGGAAGGGACCAUCACCCAGCAGACCAAACUCAUCGACUUCCUGCAGACGCAAGCCCACGGUGGUUCCAAGAAAAAGAAGGGUCUUUUCGGACGUCGACGUGAGGACCUGCUGACCGCCAUGGCUGCUCAGGCCCAGGUGCAAGGACAAAGUCAGGGCCAGGUCUCCCCUGUGCCCGCCAUCCAGCCGGUCCCCCUGCAGUACAGCGACAUGAAGUCAGCGCUGGACAAGGAACGAAUGCGCUGCUCCGAGCUUGAAGAUGCUCUUCAGAAAAUGAGAGCAGAACUUCGAUCGUUGAGAGAGGAAGCGCUCCAGUACAAAGAUCACAACAACUCCACGGCUCCAGCGACAGCACGACAACAGCUUUUGAUGUCCGCCAUGGUGAAGUCUCCUGAGCACCAGCAGGUUCCGACCAACCUGGCGCCGUCCAACUCGGGGCGAAGGAAGGAAGCCGCGACACCCGAGGAGAGAAGGAGGGUGACUUUUGAAAAGUAUAGCCGGCGUAUGAAAGACAGUCAGAGGGAGAGAGAGCGGGUUCACCACCACACCCCCCACCGCUUCACAGUGGGACUCAACAUGCGAGCGGCCAAGUGUACGGUGUGCUUGGAUACCGUGCACUUUGGUCGCCAAGCCGCCACCUGUCUCGAAUGUCACGCUCUGUGCCAUCCAAAAUGCUCCCCCUGCCUUCCGGCCACAUGCGGAAUGUCGAGUGACUGCUCUCUGCAUCUAUCUGAAGGCUCGUGUCGGGACAAAAGCGGUUCUUCAGGCCAACCGCUGAAAGAAGCCAGUGGUCACAUGCACCUGGAGGGUUGGAUGAAGCAGCCCAGGAACGGAAAGCGCGGACAAGGCUGGGAACGUAAAUAUGUGGUCCUUGAUGGGACUAAAGUGUCCGUCUAUGAAAUCGAACCCAGAGAAGAUGCAGUGAAGCCACUGGAGGAGUUCGACCUGUGUCUUUCUGAAGGAGAGGUUGAGGUUCACGGAGCGGUGGGGGCCACUGAACUACCCAACACGGCCAAGUCGGAUGUUCCGUAUGUUCUCAAGCUAGAGUCCCGUUGUCAUGCCCCAUGCUGGCCUGGACAGUCCAUUUACUUCAUGGCUCCCAGUUUCCCGGACAAGCAGCGAUGGGUGGCUGUCAUGGAAUCUGUCGUGGGCGGUGGACGAGCCUCUCGAGAGAAGGCCGAGUCUGAUGCGAAACUCCUGGGAAAUUCUUUACUGAAACUGGAAGGAGACGACCGGCUUGAUAUCAACUGCACUCUCCCACUUACGGAUCAGAUAGUUCUGGUGGGCUCGGAAGAAGGAUUGUACGCCCUGAAUGUGAUCAAGAACUCCCUGACUCAUAUUUCCGGAUUGGGAUCGGUGUUUCAGAUCCACAUCAUCAAGGAACUGGAGAAAUUGCUAAUGAUUGUCGGGGACGAGAGGGCCUUGUGCCUGGUGGAGAUCAAGAGAGUCAAGCAGUCUUUGGCCCAAUGCCACCUUCCCACUCAGUCCGAGCUGGCACCGUACAUCUUUGAGACGGUGAAAGGAUGCCAUUUGUUUGCCGCCGGGAGAAUAGACAACGGGUCCUGUAUAUGCGCUGCAAUGCCAAACAAGAUCACCAUUUUACGCUACAACGACAAUCUCAGCAAAUACUGCAUUCGCAAGGAGAUUGAAACUCUGGAGCCAUGCAGCUGCAUCCACCUGACCAGCUACAGCAUCAUCAUCGGCACCAACAAGUUCUACGAGAUCGAGAUGAAGCAGUUUGUACUUGAAGAGUUCUUGGACAAAAACGACAUGUCGUUGGCUUCGGCGGUGUUUGCCGCCUCGUCUCACACCUUCCCCAUCGCCAUCAUGCAGGUGGCCAGCAGUAUGCACAAAGACGAGUACCUGCUUUGUUUUCAUGAGUUUGGAGUGUUUGUGGACACGUACGGACGGAGGAGUCGCACCGAGGACAUCAAGUGGAGUCAACUGCCGUUGUCCUUUGCCUACAGAGAACCCUACCUGUUUGUCACCUAUUUCAACUCACUGGAUGUCAUUGAGGUUCAGGGACACGCGGCUUUGGGUCCUUCUGUGUUGGCCCACCUGGACAUCCCCAGUCCCCGCUACCUGGGCCCAGCCAUCUCCUCCGGGGCUAUUUACCUGGCCUCCUCCUACCAGAACAAACUGCGGGUCAUCUGCUGUAAGGGAAGUCUGAUCAGGGAGUCGGGAGAGCUGCAGAGGACCGGCUCCAACAGAGGGAGUCCCACCAAGCGAGGCCCUCCCACGUACACAGAACACAUCACAAAACGCUUGUCGUCCGGGCCGGGCAGCCAUGACGGUCUGCAUAGAGAGCCCAGCACCCCUCACCGCUACCGGGAGGGACGGACCGAGUUCAGACGGGACAAGUCUCCGGCCCGACCCUUGGACCGGGAGAAGUCGCCAGGCAGGGUGCUGGACAGCCGCAGGGAGAGAUCUCCUGGAAGGUUCGGGGACAGUAAUCGACUCCAUGCUGGUUCUGUGCGGACACAGCUGGCACCCGUAAACAAGGUGUGGGAUCAGUCAUCAGUGUGAGAGGUCGUGGUUGCUCCUCUUAGAAAAGGCCAGUAGUGACUUAACGCUUGCCUGACUGUCGGCCAAACCUUGCCCGAAACAGUCCAACGUCCUCAUUCGACCAAACAAACCUGACACGUGCUUUUGGGGGGAAAUGAGAAUCUUAUAAUAGAGCAGAGUAAAUGUAUAUAAUGCAGUCAAGGGUUUUUAUAAAAGGGAAUAGUCGGCCAGUAAAGCCAUGUCUAUUUUUUUUAGGGUUUCUAAAGCGCGUUGCAAGGAGACGAUGACGUAUUUGCAUUUUACGACGGAGGCGACACUUUGCACAUGAAACUGGAUUCGAACAAGAUGUACAAACUUGUUCUUGUCACACGAGCAGUCUUUUUUUUUUUUUCUUCUUUCUAUAGAGUCAUUUUCCAUAUGCUUUGAUUGACAGCUGUCAUCUUUGUAGAAGACUUCUAACAAUGUUGCCUUGUGUUGUUUCUAGAGUGAGUGCAGCCUCAGCUUGCUCUUAUAUUAGUCCACUGCUGCUGCCGCCGCUGCUGCUGCUGCCGCUUCUUCUGGUUCACAGUGUCUGGUGUUAUCUGUGCCGUGAGAUCAAGUCUAGUAGAUGUCAAAAAAGGUCAAUUUUCUAGUGUUGUUUCUUUCGAGCCGGUAAGACCGCCUUCCAUUGGUCACAUCAGCGAGCAUGACCUAUUUACAGCAGCGCUUCUGGAUCUUGAUUCUUUCUCUUGGUUGUUAUUUUCUGUCACUGAAGUUUGCAUUCAAUAAAAGGUAAUGUCAAAACAAUGUUUUUCAUUUUUAGAUAUCUACUCAAUAGAAGGCUUUGACUUUUCUAUGGUUAUAUUGACAAUUUUUUUUUUUUUUUACAUUACAAAGCAAAAUUUAUUUCUUUAUUGCUCUCUGGUUCUACCAUAUCUUACUUAUUGUGUGGAAAUAUAAGCUAAUAACUAUAAAAGCAAUCUUCACUCGCUAAAUGUACUGCAAAAAAGGCCAGUAAGGAUAAUUCAUAAUGCCGCCUACAGAGAACAUACUAACUCCUUAUUUCUAAAAUCACAAAUACUUCAACUUGCUGAUAUAGUUCAUAGUUCAAACAGCUAAAAUAAUGCAUAAGGCUAAAAAAUAACCAAUUAGCUAAAAAUGUCAUCCAAUACUUCUCUACAAGAGAGGAGAAAUAUGAUCUCAGGGAAGAAGUACAUUUGAAACACUUCUAUGCUAGGACUAUACGUUAAAAAGUCAUAGCAUUUCAGUAUGUGGAAUCAAACUAUGGAAUGGAUUGAGUAAGGGAAUCAAACAAUGCACAACGAUGAGCCAAUUCAAGAAACAAUACAAGCAGUUGAUGUUUGCUAAAUACAAGGAUGAAGAGUCUUGAACCAGUCAUGAUGUGCUAUAUAUAUCACUAUAUUGACACGCACUAUGGUACACAUUAUGGCAUUGGAUGCUCAUAUCUUGUACUUCGGUACGUGACAAAAAAUUAAAAAAUUUAAAAUUAACAAUUAAAAAAAAUAAAUAAAUAAAAAAACUUAUAGGACUUAUAAAGGAAAGCAGGAAGUGAACAAAUAUACCAGUUACUGAUUAUAAAAGUACCAGAUGGAGGGGUAGGAUUUAAUAAGCUUUGCUUCUUCCUAAAAAAAAUUAAAUUAAAAAAUUAAAACUUUUUUUUUCAAGUAAAAAAUAAAAAUAAAAAAUUAUAUUAGGAAAGCAGGAAGUGAACAAAUGUAACAGGUACUGAUUGUAAAAGUACCAGAUGGAAGGGUAGGAUUUAAUAAGCUUUGCUUCUUCCUAAAAAAAAUUAAAAAAUUAAAUAAAAAAAUUAAAACUUUUUUUUCAAGUAAAAAAUAAAAAUAAAAAAUUAUAUUAGGAAAGCAGGAAGUGAACAAAUGUAACAGUUACUGAUUGUAAAAGUAAACCUCAUACUUUGGUAUGUGACAAUAAAUAAAUAAAAAUUAAAACUGUUUUUUUUAAUGUAAAAAAUAAAAAUAAUUAUAUUAGGAAAGCAGGAAGUGAACAAAUGUAACAGUUACCGAUUGUAAAAGUACCAGAUGGAGGGGUAGGAUUUAAUAAGCUUUGCUUCUUCCUGCUCCUUUUGGACAUGUGGAACUGGGAACUUAUUAUGGGAUGCAUUCAAUUGUAAUCUGAUGCAUGUUCAAAUGAAAUAAAACCAUUACCAUUACACAUAUAUAUUUUUUACAAACUAGCCCCCAAGUGUUAGGAAUCUCUUCAUAAUAGAAUGACAAACAACCACCAUGACUACACAGCUGCUUCCUCUAGUUUAUUUCUCCUUUUUUAAACUCUACAAUAAAGUAAAUCCAUUAAAGAAAAUAUUCCGAAUGACCAAGGAGCACUUUUGUCGUAACAGGAAAUGGCUAUGUACAGCUAAACACAUUCCUCUGUAAAGACAGGAGAGGGUUCAAAAGUGCUUAUCAGACAGGAGGAAAAAGCACGAGUGAGAGACCUGAAAUAAAACAGCUUGGCACUCGUCUCUACCGGAACACACACACACACACAGUUGUGAUGUUUGAUUGACAUUCUCAUGUACACACACACACGUGCUCACUCACUCACACACACAUACACACACACCAAGCGCAUAACGACAAACGGAAGAUGCUGAGAAAGGGACAACUUCAGCUUUGGUCUUAUGUGCUGUAGUGUAUCAUUUCAUGUAAGUUAAGCGGACUUAAGAGAUGUUCCACCAGUGUUGCCAGAAGGAAAAUGACUAAUUUAUCAUACCAGAAUCAAUUUAGUAUAUAUUGAGUUAUUAUAGGGCGGCACGGUAGUCGAGUGGUUAGCACGCAGACCUCACAGCUAGGAGACCCGGGUUCAAUUCCACCCUCGGCCAUCUCUGUGUGGAGUUUGCAUGUUUGCAUGCGUGGGUUUGGUCUCCAGCCAAUCACAGGGCACAUAUAGACAAACAACCAUUCACACUCACAUUCAUACCCACGGACAAUUCGGAGUCGCUAAUUAACCUAGCAUGUUUUUGAAAGCGGAGUACCCAGAGAAAACCCACACACCGCACAGGACAUUCAAAUCCCCGGAGCAGAGAAUCAAACC